AUGGAGACAGGAUUAGCCGAUUUUGAUGUUGUAGAACAAUUAGGGCAUGGUAGCUUUGGAAGUGUGUAUAAGGUUAAAUCCAAGAAGGAUCAUAGGAUAUAUGUGUGGAAAGAGAUUGAUUAUGGCCGAAUGUCGGAGAAGGAAAAGCAAUUAAUAGUCACUGAGGUUAACAUUCUCAAAGAUUUGGAAAACAAGAAUAUAGUUAAAUAUUUUAAUAGGUACAUUGAUAAAAACAAGAGAAAAUUGUACAUUUUGAUGGAGUGCUGUGAGGGUGGAGAUUUGGGUAAAUUUAUACAAUCCAUUAAGAAAACAUCUGGUAAAAUUGAAGAAGCAACAGUUCUGAAAAUCUUUUCCGAAGUUUGUUGUGCAUUAAAAGAAUGUCACACAAGAAAGAGUGGAAAAGUUAUUCAUAGAGAUUUGAAACCAGGAAAUAUUUUCUUGGAUAAAGAUUUGAAUGUAAAGUUGGGUGAUUUUGGAUUGGCAAGAAUUUUAUCGGACCAAUCAAAGUUUGCUCACACAAGACUUGGAACACCUUACUAUAUGCCUCCUGAAUUAUUGUCAGAUCAAUUGAGUGAUCAAGGGUAUGACGAAAGUUGUGAUAUCUGGUCUCUGGGAUGUAUUUUGUAUGAGUUGUGCACCUUGGAGCCUCCUUUUAAAGCUCCAAAUGCUGUGUUACUUGAAAAGAAGAUUGCAGCUGGAAAAUUCAAUCCAAUUCCAUCUUGUUACAGUAAGGAGGUUUCUGAAUUAAUCAAUAGAAUGAUUUGUGUAGAUCCAAAAAAAAGAAUUUCCAUUGUUGAAAUUUGUGAAACAUCUAUUGUGAGAUUUAAUAUUUUCGAUACCUAUAUCAAACAACGCUACAAGAUCCUCAAGGAAAAAGAAAAGGCAUUAGAAAAAAGAGAACAAUUCAUAAAGAAGAAGGAAGAAAAAUUAGAAGAAAAGGAAAAACAAUUAGAAAAAGAAAGAUUGGCUUUCCUUAAAGAAAAGACAGAAUUUGAAAAACAAAAACAAACAAAAUCGGUUGAUAUGACAAGUGGAUUGUCUCCUCUAACUGAACUCAAUAAGGAAAAUAUUUACCAAACGUUCAAAAUCUGA